GAAGCUCAUAAGUCUUAACAAAAAUCAUCUUAGUUAGCAUUGGGAUCACCAGAAGGCGUUAGAGUUGCGUCAGGAACCUAACUUAUUAUGUAUCCCUACUUAACAUGGUGACGGUCAAAGAAUACAAUAUUCUUGAGUUCUUCUCGAGUUGGUAAUCUCUAUUAAUUUUUAUAUUUCGUGUUUUUAGUUCGGCAUCGUGGGUCAUGUUUUUAAAACUUGAACACAUGGUGUUGUUGUCUUAGACUAAUUUCCAGUGGAUUUUGUGAGAGCCAUAAAUUUUAAUUAAUCUUUAUAAAUAAAGAAGGUUUACUUAAAUAUAGAUUGUCUUAUAUAUCCAUUUAUUAUAAAAAUCUAAUCAUGUCUAAAAGUAUCUUGAAAGAAGCUUUUGAGAUAGAUUCCACCUUGGAUGCUUGCUUUACAGGAGGGACUAUCCACUGGAGUAAGAAUGGGAAGUACAUGUUUUGUAAAAAAUAUGGAGCUAUUUCGGUUGUAUCGAUAGAAAAAGGCUUUACGAUUAAAUCUUUUGGAGAAACAGAAAAUCAAGAAGACCUCGAUGAAGUUAAUUGUUUUGCACUUAACAAUGAUGAUUCGCAUAUACUUGCUCAUUGUAAAAGUGGUUUAUUUAAAUUAUGGAAUAUUGAAGAAAAUAAGUUGAUUAAAAUAUGGAAAUCUAUACACAAUGGACCUGUUACAAAUAUUAGUUAUCUUAAUGAUCAUUUGAUGGCCUCAGGAGGAAGUGAUGGUUGUAUUAGAUUAUGGGACAUACAACAUCAAGCUUGUCUAAAACUUUUUAAAGGAAUACAAGGUGUUAUAAGUGUGUUAGCGUUUCAUCCGUACAAAGAGAAUUUAUUGUUUGGGGCCGGAGAUGAUACGAAAAUUUAUGGUUGGGAUAGUGAUACUGGUCAACAAAAGAUUUUACUUAAAGGUCAUAUAAGUAAAGUUACCUCAUUAUCUUUCCACGUAAAUGGGAUCAACUUAGUGAGCUCCGGGAGAGAUAGAGUAAUUAUAUUGUGGGAUAUCACUACUGCAACCGCAAUCCGAACAUUAGCUGUAUACGAAGUAAUAGAAGGAGCGUUUAUUGUGCCAUAUAAUACUUCUUUGUUAAGCAAUGUCAUUAAACCUGAAGCAGAUUCUAUUUACGUAGCUACCGCUGGAGAAAAAGGUCUUGUUACGCUAUGGGAUAUAACAAAAUGUAAACAAAUUUAUACACAAGAAAGUUCUUUGAUUACUGCAUCUAAAGAAAAUGGACUGUCAAUUACGCAUUUAUUAUAUAACGAAGCUAUUAAUAACUUUGCUGUAGUUUCUGCAGAUCAUAAUAUAAUAAUUUAUUCUAUGGAAACAUUUGGCUGCAUAAAACAGAUUGCGGGUUACUUAGACUCCGUUUUAGACAUAACUUAUGUAGGAGAACAGGAUUCACAUAUUGCAGUAGCUAGCAAUAGUUCAGAUAUUAAAUUAUACGAAUUAAAUUCUAUGAAUUGCCAAUUACUUUGUGGACAUACUGAUAUAGUUUUAUCACUUGCUACAACUCUUGCCAAUAGGCAGUUAUUAAUUUCUACAUCUAAGGAUAAUAGUAUUCGAGUAUGGUUUUUGGAUAAAGAAACAAAAAUAAUGGCAUGUAUUGCUUCUGCUGUUAAACAUACAGCUGCCGUUGGCUGUGUUUGCAUUUCACAAUUAUCAGCAAAAUUUUUUGUAUCGGCCAGUCAGGAUUCGUGCCUUAAAUUUUGGUCUUUACCUGAAAAUUUAUCAAACUCAUCAGACCAGAUUAACAUCGAGUCAACUUAUACAGUAUCAGCUCAUACAAAAGAUAUUAAUAGCGUAGCAGUUUCAUUGAACGAUGAAUUUAUUGCAACUGGUUCACAAGACAAAACUGCUAAAUUAUGGUCUGCCAAUAAUCUUCAAUUGAUUGGUACAUUUAACGGACAUCGGAAAGGUGUAUGGUGCGUACGAUUUUCACCAAUUGAUAAAGUAUUAUUGACAACAUCUGCAGAUUGCACGAUUAAGAUAUGGUCAUUGCAUGACCUCACAUGUUUGAAGACUUUUCAAGGACAUGAAUCUUCUGUUUUAAAAGCUGAAUUUAUGUCUCGUGGUAUGCAAUUGGUCACAUCAGGUGCGGAUGGUCUUAUCAAAAUUUGGUGUAUUAAAACAUCUGAAUGUACUUUAACUAUGACAAAACACGAGGAUCGAGUGUGGGGAUUAACAGUUUCCAAAGACGAAAAAUAUAUUAUUAGCGGUGGAAGUGAUUCUUUAUUGAUAGUUUGGAAAGACGCAACAGAAGAGAAAAAAGCUCGAAUUAUAAAAGAAAAAGAAAGAAUUGUGUUAGAGGAACAAAAAUUAGCUAAUUUACUUCAAGCAAAUGAAUUAACCAACGCAUUAAAAAUUGCUUUGGAAUUGGAACGACCAUUCCAGGUCUUAAAAAUAGUUGAAGGUAUAUUAAAAAAAGAUAAAAACGAUUUACAAACCACAAUCAGUGGAUUAACACCUUCUUGUAAGCAAGUUUUAUUACGUUCUGCAUCUAAAUGGAACACUAAUAGCAAAAAUGCAGAAGCUGCUCAGACGGUUAUAAAUGUGUUAAUUAGUGAAAUGGAAAUGGAAGAUAUGAAAAGCACAGGUCUAUUGUCUUUCCUUGAGGGAAUGAUACCUUAUACGGAACGUCAUUUUAAAAGAGUAACGGAACAUUUGAAAGAUAUUCAUUCAAUUACUUACACCAUUAAUAGGAUGAAACCACAUGUUGUAAUAUGUAAAACUAAUAAGAUAGGAAAUAGUAAUUAAAAUUAUGAUUAAGUAUAGAUUUAAUGAAAU